UCCUUAUCCGUGCGUCGCGCCGGAAGUGCGUCACACCGCCUGAGCGGGGCGCGGGAAGAAGAUGAGCAAAGGGCGCGAAGGCCCCGCGGCGGGCGGCGGGGCCACCGCCGUCCUGCUGCGCUACCUGCGGGAGCAGAACCGGCCGUACAGCGCCCAGGACGUCUUCGGGAACCUGCAGCGGGAGCACGGGCUGGGCAAGGCGGCCGUGGUGAAGGCGCUGGAGCAGCUGGCGCAGCAGGGCCGCAUCCGCGAGAAGGCCUACGGCAAGCAGAAGGUGUACUUCGCCGACCAGGAGCAACUCCCGGCCGCCGGCGAUGCGGAGCUCCGCGUGCUGGAUGCGGACAUCGCCGCGCGGUCCGCCGAGGUGCAGGCGCUGCUGCAGGGCUGCCGGCAGCUGGAGGCAGAGUCGAAGGACCUGAGCAGCUCUAUGACCACCGCGGACAUGGCCCGUGAGAUUGAGGAGCUGAGGAAGGACUGCGCCAGUUACACAGAGAAACUGGAGAGGAUCAAGUCUGCUACCAACCAAGUAACGCCAGAAGAAAAAGAGAAGGUCUGCAGCGAGCAGAAACUGUACUGCAAGGAGUGGCGGAGGAGGAAGCGAAUGGCGACUGAGCUGCUCGACGCCAUCCUGGAGGGUUACCCCAAAAGCAAGAAGCAGUUCUUUGAGGAGGUCGGAAUAGAAACCGAUGAGGACCACAACGUCACGCUCCCAGCAGCUGUGUGAGGUGCAGAUGGAUGGCCUUACUUUACAGAGUGCACGUUGCAGCGGAACUGAUGCUGAAACUCAGUUGUUGGGUUUUAGAUUUGUUUUCUUCAGUAAUUUUUUUCAGGGCUUGUGCUUGUCCUGCAUCUUUUAUAUAUUUUUGUUUAAAAAUGCUUUGCCCUUGGAAGGGUGGUUAGAGCAACUGACUCAGCAGUGGACCCUCUCCCUUUCUCAUGUACCAAGGGAAUGUUAUUUUUUUUUUUUUACCUUUCAGUGCUAUAGGCUGUUUUGGUUGGGUGUCUUCACCAGGCAGUGGCUGGGAGGGUUUAAGAGCACUGGGUUAGAGGUGUGGUGUUCUGGUAAGAAGAGGAAGCAGGUGCCUCAGAGGUGAAGAAGUAGUUACCAUUAUGGCCAGUAUUUCUGUAAUUUAUACGUAGAGGGGACUGCUUCCCACAGUGUGCACUGAGUUGUAUGCAAGACUGUGAUUCAUUAAACACCCUGCUUCUGUUUCAGAU